GAGAGGCGUGCGAGACACACCGUUUCGAUUUUGGCACAUAGUGCGUCAUCGUCAGCGCCUGGUAUUCGCCCUCACGAAAAAAAGCGGUUUUGAGAGCAAAAAGGGGAAGAAAGAAGCAAGCUAGGGACUUGGUCCUCACACCUCACCGGGGGAACCAAAUUAGAAUAAGGAAACACCGAUAUAGUUGUAAAUCCCAAUACUAUGGGCUAUAAAUACUGAUCCUUUCUCCUUUCUUCCUUCAUCCAUGUGCAUCUCUCUUAAGCAAUCCCUGAGGAAUCGUUCCUUCACUCCUCGGAGCGUUUCCUCUUUCGGGGGGGUCCCCACGCUCUCCCUUCUCUAUACACUUCUUAAUUUCCUCCUAUUCUUCUUCUUUCUGCAAAAUUCUGAUAUCCCUGUCUGAUAGUCCCUGUUUCUCUUUUCGGGUUCUUGUUCCUUAGUUUUUUUUCUCGCUGUCCAUUUUCCUCUUCUGGGGGGUAUUCUCUUUUGGUUCUGGAGAUGGCCAAUUGGAGAAAACAAGAAGACGCCAGUCGUCAUCAAGUGGGUCAGUGGAACAGAUCAUAUAGCGGAAAGCCUCCUCUGGCAGACAGGUGGCAGGCGACAGUACCUGUAUGGGAAAAGAAAUUUUGUGCUGUAAUUGGUUCAGUUCCAUGGCCAAAGGUGGUAGAAACCAAGAAGUAUAUAUAUCUACAUGACAAUGUGGUGAAGUGGGAUGAUUCUGCUGGUAAAGAGGCAUUUGACAAUGCUAAAAAGAAGUUUUGGGCAGAGAUCAAUGGCCUUCCCUGCGAUCUAUCUUUGCCUGACCCUGAAAUGCACAUUGACAAUGUGGAUUGGAAUUCGACUGUCGACCCUGAGCUAAUUCUGGACUUGGAACGAGAACAAGCUCCCGGUGACAAAACUAACGAUGAAGUUGUUAUUCUUGAUGGUUCUCACCUCUUGGACCCAUCAUUUUUCUGCACAGGAUGGGGGGAAGCUGAAGCCAUAGUGCCUACAGGUUGGGGGGAAGAUGAAAUUUCGCCAACAGGUAGGAGGGAAGCUGACACCCAGCAGCCUCCAGUUUGGGGGGAUUCCGAUGUGAAUGUACAUAGCCAGGCAGAUAAGUGCACUGGAUAUGGGGAUCCCAGUCUGAAUGUAAAUAGUGGUCUACUUCAGGGUAAUAUACCUGUUCCUCCUCCUACUGGGUGGGGGGAUCCCAACCCGAAUGUAAAUAGUGGAGUAACUGGAUGUCGCCCGAAUGUAAAUAGUGGAGUAACUGGAUGUCGGGAACCUGAGACAAACUUACCUAAAGAUAAUCAUUUUCCUCCUCCUCAAGGUUGGGAUUCUGACCUGAAUGCAUAUGGUGGGGUAAAUUGCAGCACCGGAUGGGGGGAAGCUGAUACUGGUGAAGGCUCCUGGGAACAGUACUGUGUCCCUCAAGAACCUGCGAAGGUAUCUGAAUGGGUGAACCAAGAGAAUGAUUCCUGGCGAUGGAAGGAUGGACAACAAAUUGGUUUUCAGAAAACUGGCAAAGGAAGAGGUAGUGGGAAUUGGGGAAGCUUUGAUGGGGGCAACAAGAGGAGAGAAAAAGUGGCUUUCAGACAGCAAAGUGGCUUUCGGACCAGUGCUUGUCAUGGUAAUGAGAAUCAGAUGGGUGGUAGAGGAAGGAGAAACAACAGGGGAAGGAGGGGUGGUUUUGCUUAUGGCCGUUCUUAUGGGGACAACAUGGUCACUGGUAGGUGGGAAGUGAGGACAAAGUGAGGAUCAAAGAAAGAGAUUGGACUGCAAGGAAUCCCAUGGAUUUAAGCUGGAAAGAGCCUAUUUGAGUUAGUAAGUUGCUGUUUCGGGAAUAUUUGGUAAAUAUGAUAGGAUUUUGAGGAGAGUCAACAUUUUCAUUUUCCGUUUUCACAUCGUAUCUGAAGAUAGCCGUUCUAGGAUAUGAAUAUGUCCUUUUCUUAGCUGAAAGGGUCGCGUUCUUAGGUAAGUUUAAAGAUAGAGAGCUCUUAUUCCUGAAUUUAUGGCAGCAUCCAAAGCUCGUGUCGUCGAUCUGCCCAUCCAAAGGCCGAAAGGGUUUUUUUUGUUGUUUUGUGGGAGGAGGGAGAGAGAAGAAAAAGAAAGCUUUUGUUGAUAGGUGAAUUGUUCGUUGAUAUAUUUUCGUAUAGCUGAAUCGUUCGUUCCAGCCUCAUUGAAUCUUUGCUACCUGUUUAUUCCCUCUCUGCUAAACUAUUUAUCUGUUGCUAUCCAAUGCAUUGGCACCCACACAA